CGGUGAGAGGACACAGUUAAACAACUUUCCUCUCCAUUAAUCCUCACUCUUCAUCUACUUGUGCAUGAGCGACAAACGUGCUGAGAAAUCGACUAGUUCGAUCAAGGCGAACGAGCAGGCCCUAUCUGUUGAUCCCGAGGUUGCAAAGUUUACAGUCGCUGGAGGGAAGUCAGAACAUAUGCUGGUCAAUCUCGGCGGCAAGGAUUUAGCCAUAAAAGUCCGAUGCAGCAACAACAAUUUAUAUCGAGUUCAUCCAGUCUAUCAAGUAGUAGAAACUGGCCAGUGUAAAAGUAUGGUAGUCACACGACAUUUUGGUCCUGCACGUCAAGAUCGAUUACUCAUUCAAUACUUACCCAUCGAUGAUUUGAAAUGCAAUUUGGUAAAGCUUUUUAAAGAAGCCGAUAAAAAUGGUGUCAAAAUACAAAUGCUCAAAGUCGUACUAUCGGUAAAGGAACAAUGCAGUUCAAGUGACACGAAGUAG